CAGCACAGACUCUGGGUUUUUUCCACCUUUCCCCAACGGUUUUGGACAUGCAAGGAUUAAGAAGGAUACUGACCGCUUUCACACUGGCUGUCUGCCUUUCAAGCCCUGGAAAAGCACAGCAGCAAUGCACUAAUGGGUUUGACCUGGACCGUGCCUCUGGGCAAUGCUUAGACAUUGAUGAAUGCCGGACCAUUCCCGAGGCCUGCAGGGGAGACAUGGUGUGUGUGAACCAGAACGGGGGCUAUCUGUGCGUGCCCCGCACAAACCCCGUGUACCGCUCGCCCUACCUGAGCCCCUACUCCAACGUGUACCCACCACCCCCGGCCCCCGGCCCCGUCCCCAACUACCCCACGGCCACCCGGCCCCUCAUCUGCCGCUUCGGCUUCCAGCUGGAUGAAAACAACCAGUGUGCUGAUGUGGAUGAAUGUGCUUCAGAUUCUCACCAGUGUAACCCCACCCAGAUCUGCAUAAAUACUGAAGGGGGCUACACCUGCUCCUGCACUGAAGGCUACUGGCUGUUAGAAGGCCAGUGUUUAGACAUAGACGAAUGUCGCUAUGGGUACUGCCAGCAGCUGUGUGCCAACGUGCCCGGCUCCUACUCCUGCACCUGCAACCCCGGCUUCACCCUCAACGACGAUGGGAGAUCCUGCCAAGAUGUGAAUGAAUGUACAAGUGAAAACCCUUGCACUCAGACCUGUGUCAACACUUAUGGCUCUUUUCUCUGCCGCUGUGAACCUGGCUAUGAACUGGAAGCUGACGGAGUUAACUGCAGUGACAUGGAUGAGUGCAGCUUCUCAGAGUUCCUCUGCCAGCACGAAUGUGUGAACGGGCCUGGUUCUUACUACUGUACCUGUCCUUCAGGAUAUAACUUGCUUGAUGACAGUAGAAGCUGCCAAGAUAUCAAUGAAUGUGAAAUCAGAAACUUCACCUGCACUUCACAGCAAACAUGUUUCAAUAUCCCAGGAGAAUAUAAAUGUUUAGAUCCAGUACGAUGUGAGGAGCCUUAUCUCCAGAUUAAUGAGAACCGCUGCAUGUGUCCAGCUGAAAACCCUGGGUGCCGAGAUCAGCCCUUCACCAUCCUGUACAGAGUGAUGGACAUGGUGUCUGGGAGGUCUGUGCCUUCGGAUAUUUUUCAGAUGCAAGCAACUACUCGCUACCCUGGAGCCUAUUACAUCUUCCAAAUCAAAUCAGGGAACGAGGGCAGGGAAUUCUACAUGCGGCAAACAGGACCCAUCAGUGCCACCCUGGUGAUGACCCGGCCCGUGAAGGGGCCGCGCACGAUCGAGCUGGACUUGGAAAUGAUCACUGUAAACACCGUCAUCAACUUCAGAGGCAGCUCUGUCAUCCGGCUGAGGAUAUUUGUGUCACAGUACUCCUUCUAA